GUCGACUUUCAAUCCUUCUGUUUCCUCCCUUGCGCAAUCUCGCAAGAGCUUUAUCAAAGCUCGCUGUUUCUUCUACCCCUAUAACUCUCUCUCUCUCUCUCUGAGUCCCAUAUCUAUUUAUGGCGUCACAGGCUAGCCUCCUCCUUCAAAAACAGCUUAAAGAUCUUUGUAAGAAUCCGGUUGAUGGAUUCUCGGCUGGAUUGGUCGAUGAGAUUAAUAUAUUUGAAUGGAGCGUUACAAUUAUUGGGCCGCCCGAUACUCUUUACGAGGGUGGAUUCUUCAAUGCCAUCAUGAGCUUCCCGUCCAAUUACCCAAAUAGUCCACCAACGGUGAAGUUUACUUCAGAGAUCUGGCAUCCUAAUGUUUACUCUGAUGGUCGUGUUUGCAUAUCAAUUCUUCAUCCUCCUGGUGAUGAUCCUAAUGGAUAUGAGCUUGCAAGCGAGAGAUGGACGCCUGUCCACACGGUUGAAAGUAUUGUUUUGAGUAUCAUAUCGAUGCUUUCCAGUCCAAAUGAUGAAUCCCCUGCAAAUGUUGAGGCUGCAAAGGAAUGGAGAGAGAGGAGGGAUGAUUUCAAGAAGAAGGUCAGCCGAUGCGUGAGGAAGUCGCAGGAGAUGUUGUGAUCAGCUGCCUGUGCUUUGCUUAGCUAAAUGCCUGAAGAGAGCAAUGUCCUUAAUUUACUGUGUGAGAGGGAACUGGUUCACUGGGUAAUAUGUAGAAUGCCAUUGGAAACUCUCACACCCAUCUCUUUUGCCUCUAUCCCAUCAUUUCUGCGCUAUCCGGUAAUUGUAAACUUGGGACAAUUCUGUACGCAAAAAGCUUUGCUUUGUCAAGUCCUCUGUCUCCUUUUGUCUUCGUUUAGAUCAUUCGUUAUUUGGCUUUUGCUUCUGUUUUUUGUUCUUUUAACUGAUAAUACUGUUCUACUUCAGGUA